UAUACGUGUGUGCGUUAGUUUCUUUACACCUUUACUCAUACAUACGUUACUCAUACAUUGUCAAGAUAAGAUAUAGGUGUUUUCGGUCAGCAUUCGCGCCUCACGAUUAAAAGAGUAUUUCUAUCGACAGGAUCAUGGCUGGUCCACAGACAUGUCGCUGGGUGAAGGCCUGCCUGAGCCAGAACAGCGUGCCCCCCGGAGCCCUGUUAGUGGGCUGCGACGCCGACCAUGAAGAAGUGUUCGCGGGCCGCGCUGAGCACGAGGGCGACAUCAUGCCAGCCCUUGUCAUACCCUCCAAGAACGCCUGCUUCGUGUCCCAUGGAGGGGAGGAGGUGGCUGUUGAUCGUUUUGAGAUACUGGUGCCCGCAAAAUUGUGCUGGCAGUUAUCUUACGACGGGGCAGUUCCACCUUCGGCGGUGGAGGCCGGGGUAACGGCAGAUGGCGAGAAGGUCUACUUCGGCAGGGUCACACAAGACGGUGUCACCGUUCCUGGAAAGAUCCAAGCCAGCCUAGGUGCUUGUGUCUACUCAAUCGAUGGCGAAGAGAGAAGCACCAAUGAAUACGAAUGUCUUGUGUUUGUAUUGUGGGAGGCAGUGGUGUCGGCUCAGUGUUGUGUCGGAGCUAGGCCAGGUCACACCGUCGCCAUGAGAGGACGUCCAUAUUACGGGUACGGCGGGCCGCCGCCGCCAGCCUAUGGCUACCCUUACCCACCCCCUGGUCCAGGCCAGCCCCACACUUACCCCCCUCAUCACCCAUAUCCUGCCGUUUACCCUGGGGUGUUCUACCCAAUUGAUCCUGCCUACUUUUAUCCUCCCGGCCCUGGGGGAGUCCAAAUUGUGGACAAUGCAGAGCCUGCAGAGAUUGUGCCUGAGUUGCCUGGAGAAACAGUCGAGUUACCUUGGAGUACAUACAAGUGGGUGCCAGCUUGUCUGAGCCAGAACAGCAUUCCCCCGGGCGCUCUCCUGGUGGGCCGGGAUGCGGACGACUCCGAGAUCUACGCCGGCAGGGCUCGCCACGAGGGCGACAUCCUCCCUGCUAAGGUCAUCCCAGCCAAGAACGCCUGCUACAUAUGCUAUGGAGGAGAAGAGAUUUUGAAGGAUCAGUUUGAGGUCUUAGUACCAGCUAUGUUCUCGUGGCAGUUCUCCUCAGACGGCCAAGUGCCCCCCGGCGCCGUGGAGGCUGGAAUGACAGCUGACGGAGAGAAACUCUACUUCGGCAGGGUCACACAUGACGGAGUUACCACUCCUGGGAAAGUCCAGCCAAGCCACGGAACGUGCUACUACCCCUUCGAUGGAGAAGAGAAGAGUUCUAACGAGUAUGAGUGCCUAGUCCUAAUAUAAAUAUACAUAGGUUAGUUUGUUUGUAUGGUUUGUUUGACAAAUUAUAUAUUUUAUUUUAUUCAUAAGUGUUUAUUUUUUUUUUCAUUGUAUUAGAGAUUUUAUUAAGUCUGAUUAUGUUUUGUUUCUGAAUGAAGCAAUAAUUAAUAGUACCUAAUUUAUUUAAGCACGAGAUCAUAUGAGAAACAUAAAAUAUUAUAUUUUGAAAUUGUU